GGGGGGCCGUGGCGGCCGAGAGCGAGGCUGCGGCGGCGCCUGUGGCCUCCGCUCCGCCCUCUCCACCCACCGCGGUCGCCGCCGCCCCCGGGGCCCCGAGAGUAGAAGGGAGCCGCGUCCCCGCCGGCCGCGCCGCCAGUCCAGCCUGACCGUCGGUCCCGCCGCAGGAGGAGCUGGCCGCGCGCAGCGCCGCGCCGACGCCCGGGCCGCGGCCGCCACUCUGCAGGUGCCGGUGACGAGGCGCCGGGCUCCGGCGCGCCCCGCGCCCGCGCCCCGCCGCGUUCCGGAGGGGCGACCCGGCCCGGCCCGGCCCCACGCUCAGCAUGAACCGCGGCCACCGGCACGGGGCGAGCAGCGGCUGCCUGGGCACCAUGGAGGUGAAGAGCAAGUUCGGAGCUGAGUUCCGGCGCUUCUCCCUGGAGCGGUCAAAGCCCGGGCGGUUCGAGGAGUUUUACGGGCUGCUGCAGCACGUGCACAAGAUCCCCAACGUCGAGGUCCUGGUGGGCUACGCGGACAUCCACGGAGACCUGCUGCCCAUCAACAAUGACGACAACUACCACAAGGCCGUGUCCACAGCCAACCCGCUGCUCCGGAUCUUCAUCCAGAAGAAGGAGGAAGCGGACUACAGCGCCUUCGGCACCGACACGCUCAUCAAGAAGAAGAACGUCCUCACCCACGUGCUGCGGCCCGACCACCACCGGAGGAAGCCGCACCUGGUCAUCAGCCUGCCGCAGGACUUCCGGCCCGUGUCGUCCAUCAUCGACGUGGACAUCCUCCCGGAGACGCACCGCCGGGUGCGCCUCUACAAGUACGGCACCGAGAAGCCGCUGGGCUUCUACAUCCGGGACGGCUCGAGCGUCCGCGUCACGCCGCACGGCCUGGAGAAGGUCCCGGGCAUCUUCAUCUCCCGCCUCGUCCCGGGGGGCCUGGCGCAGAGCACCGGGCUGCUGGCCGUCAACGACGAGGUCCUGGAGGUCAACGGCAUCGAGGUGUCGGGGAAGAGCCUCGACCAGGUGACGGACAUGAUGAUCGCCAACAGCCACAACCUCAUCGUCACCGUGCGGCCGGCCAACCAGAGGAACAACGUGGUCAGGAACAGCCGCGCCUCGGGCAGCUCGGGCCAGUCCACGGACACCAGCCUGGGCGGCCCGCCGCCGGCCGAGCCGAGCCUCGAGCCCGGGGACGAGGACAGCGAGGAGGAGGACAUCGUCAUUGAGGACGGCGGGCUGCCGCGGCUGAUCCCCAGGGCCGCGCCCGACGCCGAGAGCCUGGAGUCCCUGACGCAGAUCGAGCUCAGCUUCGAGUCCCCGCACAACGGCUUCCUGCCCUCCGGGGCCGGGGGCGGCGCGGGCCCGGAGCGCGACCACGCCCGAGCCCCCGGCCAGGCGCUCGUGGAGGAGGCCGGCACCAUCCUCACCCUGUGA